UCGCGGGAUAUCCUUUCUCAGUCGAUUGUGAGCUCGCAGCGGAGCAACAACAAUUCAUUGAAUUGUCACUUACCUCCUACAGCGGCUAUUAAGAAUGUCCUCUUACCAGCGGCAGCCUAAUGGCAUCCUGACGGUGAUGGUUAUCCUUUUGGCCAUAGCCACACAUUCCAUGGCGAAGUCCGGUAGCAGCAGCCGAAGUAGCAGUAGCUCCAAAUCCAGUUCCAGUUCAGGAUCCAGUUCGUCAUCCAGCAGCUUUUCAUUGCCAUCAUAUUCAAGUUUCUCGCACUACAAUUCGCCACCUUCGUACAGUUCCAGUUCAGGAUCCAGUUCGUCUUCCAGCAGCUUUUCAUUGCCAUCAUACUCAAGUUCCUCGCGAUACAAUUCGCCCCCUUCGUACAGUUUCAGCUUCGGGGGCGGAAACAGUGCGCCCAAAGGACCUCCGCCGGCUUACUCCGUUUCGAAUCCUGUGGGCGGAGCUCACACCAACAUUCACGAGAGUCCGCCGGCCUACAGUGCCGCUUACAAGCCAGUGGGUCCGCCGGCCUACAGUUCGGUAGACAAACCAGAUAAGAUACAGUCCCGUCCAGCGGAAAAGGCAAGGCCCAGUUAUUCCACCUACUACAACGGCGGAUCCCGCUCCAGCACUGGUUACAACGACCCCUAUAACUACACGUAUAAAUACUCCUCCAAUGCAGCCACCCAAGCACAGUAUCUCUCCCACGGACCCUUCGCCCAAAUAUCCACCCUUCUAUAUUUGUGCUGGCAAUUAUUAUAAACGUACAAAUUGUUAAGAACAAUUCAACACCAAAAACAAUAAAAUGUUGUCUGUUGUUGUAA